AUGACAGACACCAACAAGAUAUAUAAAAGUUUCCAUCCUAUUCAGGAUUCUGGAAGACACAGAUUUGCCAGCACAGCUGGACUCCUAAACAGGGAGGGGGAGCCCCCUGACCUCACACGGCCCUCUGAAGUGGAGCUGGCACAGUGCGCAGUGCAAGUCGACAUCUUGCUCAGGGUUAUUUCAGAGCUGAAUGAAAAGAUGUCUGCUUUGCCAGCACCCAGGGUGCCUGAAGACAGAACAUCUCAGGAUGAGGAGGUAGCCAGCAAUCUUAACACAACACCUCAUUCCAGCCAAUCAGUCAAGGAAAAAGAUGCACCAACACCAUCCUCUAAGGGGGACAGUACUGAACUCUGGGCGCAGCUGCAGGGGCUUCUGGAAGGUCUUGAGAGGUCUGCUGUCAGGGGGAGGGCCUGGGUCACUCCAUAUAUCACCUGUGAGAACAAGGAGGCCACACAGCAUCUGACUGCAGCUACAGAGAGCUGGGUUCAGGUGACACAGCUCCUCGAAGAAAUGGAGAGAGAAUUCGGCAUCUCAUACCUAUCUGAACUACCAGCUGAAGAGCGCCAGAGGUACCAGCGGGAUGUUCUUGCAUUACACAAGAACAAUUGCAGCCUGCGCAACACCCUGCGGUGCCGGGACGAAGAGCUAGGCAGGUCAAAGAUCACAUUGAGUGGGCUGGAAGAGGAAAGAAACAGACUGCGAAAAAAGCUACUGAGCUUCCAGAAGAAUGUGCAAACCAGGGGCAGUCUUUCUCCUCCCAUCAGUCCUUCCAGUUCAUCGAGUGAAGCCCAGAGUCCCUGCUGGACAUCUCCGCCUUACCCUGGAUCUCCACUAGUGUUGAAGAGGUCUCCCAGCACUGGCACAGCUGUCUGCCUCACGGACAGUGUCCUGUCUAGUGCCUCUUCUUCCACACCUGGCUAUAGCACGAUGGAAGCUGAGCUCGCCCAUCUUCAGAGCGGCAUAGAGAAUCUGAGGGGUCAGAACAUACGGCUGUCCUCUGCACUAGAGAGGAGGAAGGGCGAGUCCGAGCAGAUGAGUAUGAUCCUCAGCAGACAUGAGGCAGACAACGCUGCCUUGCAGAUGGCUCUCAAGUACAGUGAAGAGUGUGAGGAGGCCUACAGUCAGCUGCUGUCUCUGUACGAAGCUAAGAAACAGCGAGACACGUCACAGUCAAGAGGAACAGCAGAGUCAAGAGGAGACAAAUGCCAGCUCAGUGGGGCAAAACAAGGGCUGAACAGUACAGAGGCUGGAGAGUUGCCGGCUUCUUCUUGUCCACCAGGGGGCGCUGAACAAUCUGUCAAGCAAAGCAGGGGCACUUCAUCCCUUCUGCUGGGACAAGAGGUGGCUCUUCGGGAAAGGAUCCUGAGCCUAAAGCGAGACAAGGCUGCCGUGUGCAUUCCUGAGCAGAAGCCUGAUGGUGAGGGCAAACUGAGUCCAGACACAGGCACCCUGGCUGCACACAGGGGUUCACAUUCUGCACGGCACUGCAACACCAAGAAGGAGAAGGCUGCUCUACUUUAUGACCUGCACACUGUCAGGGAGGAGAUGUCGGAGUUGCGGGGGAUCAUCCGACUGACAGAGCGAGAGAACCGCUAUCUCGAGUGGACACUGGUGGCUCAGAGGGAGCAAGAGGUGGCCGGGGCGUUGAUAGCAUACUGUCUGCAAGAGGAGCUGGAAGACAUGCAGACGGAGAGGCGGCACCCCAUUACUGCAGCUGGGAUUCCCAGUGGUGGAGGGAUUUCUAUUCCCCGAAAUCGGAUCAUCCUACACAAAAUCCAAGCCGCUUUGCAACGUGAGCAGAUGUUGAAGAGGCAAAUGACAGCCCUUUGGGAGUCCCUGGACAAUGCGCUCACAGACAGCGCCACCCGCAGGAGAUACAGCGAGAAGGAAAUGGCUCAGUUUGCUCUGAUGCACAGGAAAACAGCUGAUAUGUUCAGGAGCACACGCAAGAAGUACCACGAGCAGCUGUGGCGGCUGCAACGUAGGAUGGUGGCCUUGUGUGAGCGUCACGUGACCCAGAUUGCUGGCCUGAAGGCUAAGCUGGAGGUCCUGGAGGAGAGGAGGGAGGAGACAGUGCUCUGAUCAGAUGCAGAGCAAAGGCAAGAUCCAGUGGAAAAUUGUGAACAUAAACUAUGCUCUUCUGUGUUGUUCCACAUGGCCAGUUCGGAGAGGGAUUUAGACUGCUCGGUUUCAUGAAACACGGGCUCUUGUGAAUAUACUCUGUACUUGGAAACAUGUUAGAUGACUGCAUGAAAAUUGAUAUACAAGUAAUAUAAACAUAUACUACAGCAAAGUAAAAGAAAAUAUUUGGUUUUCUUCAAUAAUGUUUACUCUUAACAUAGCACAAGUGAAAUCAAUAAAAUAUUUUAAGUUUUUUUUAAUGCAGUACCAUAUUCAAACCUC